CUAUUUGGGUACCUAUUUUCGUAGUUAUGUUUUUCGGAUCUAUUAUCAAUGUUAGGUUACUUCCCAGUGUUAUUUGCCUUAUCGCCUUUCAAUGUAGUAUAUAAAGUUACUUUUGAUACAAUAAAUGUUUUUUAACUUUUUAUUGUGCGGUGAAUGUUGUGAUGAUACGGACAUUUUCAGUUACCAAUUUUCCGUUCAUUGGAUACAUGAAAAGAGAUCAAAGUUCAUCACUAACUGGUAGAGAUCAAAUAAAUCGAUAAUGCCUCUAACGGACAUUAUCCGACGGGCAUCGACCUACAUUCUUGGCCCUGAAGAGGACACUUUAAAAACUCCAGAAUAUGAGGACAAUGAGAUCCUCUUUUGUAAGAACAACAUCUGCGUGCAUCCUCCUGCUACAGCGAGACAUGACAAUGAUCUGCAUAAUCCCGGUUAUCUAACCAUCACUACAAAGGUUUUCAUUGAUCAGUAUAAUGAUACUCGCAGGCCUACGCUUUUCUUGACGUGGAUACCGAAUUCGUCUAUCACGAAAAACACGAACUUAAUUGGUACACCUCUAAAACACUACAACAAGAGAUACAGUUUGGAAAGUUUAACGUCGAAUGAUUCCAACGACUUUGGCAUCGAGAGGCAUCCCGUUGUGGAGUUUAAGAGUACUAAUCCUUUCUUAAACUACGAUGACAGAGAUCGCCUGGAUAUGUCUGAUUUAAGCUCAGAGGGAAGCGACAAGCAGGGAAUCAGCAUUAACGUGGAUAUUUCUAAUCCUGAGAUAGAAAUAAUACAAACACCCGAUAGCGUUAAGGAUCCUGGAGACUAUUUUGAGUUUUCGAGAUCAGCAUCAGUAACUUCUUCAGACAGCCAAUCAAACUGGCUAUCAACACCAGAAUAUUUAAUGCAACAGCACAAUCUAUACUUUCCAGAUAGCGUUAGUAAUUCACCCAUUUUGCAGCCGAAACAGAUUCACAAAUGUAGAAGAUUUAGCGUAGACCUCAGCCAAAUGCGGUCUCUUAGAUUAUUUUUUAGUGACAAUAGUUGCACAUGUGGACAACUCGUCGUAGCUUCCAGAGAAUCUCAGUACAAGAUCCUCCACUUUCACCACGGCGGACUGGACCAUUUGGCACAAGUUUUGCAUCAGUGGCAUUCACUGCUGCAUACAAUCAAGUUAGCUAAAGGUUUAGACGAUACUCUGCCAUACCGCCAUUUUAUGGUGUGCAGACCGGAAGUAUCAUUGCUAGAAUUGCAUCCCGAGGAAGGACAAGUGCCUAAGCUCACAGAAGAAACAUUUAGAGGUUUAUUUAAUGAAACUGGCCAAUUGGAAGAUGAUCUAACUUUAAGAAAGUAUGUGUUUUUCUCGGGUAUGGAUAGGAAUAUUAGAAAAGAAGUAUGGCCGUUUUUAUUACAUGUAUACCCGUAUUUAAGUACGUUUGAAGAAAGGAUUCAGAUUGCCGAAAUUAGGAGACAUGAGUACGAAGAAAUAAAUAGGAGGAGGUUAGAGCUAAAUGAAAAUAAGCUACAUCAAUUUAGAAGAAAAAUACAAAGUGUCGUAGAGAAAGAUGUAGUUCGGACUGAUAGGGGAAAUCCGUUUUUCGCUGGAGAGAAUAAUCCUAACCUUGAAAUUAUGAAGAAUAUUUUAUUAAACUACGCUAUUUACAAUUCAGGAUUGGGAUAUACUCAAGGCAUGAGCGAUCUUCUAGCUCCAGUUUUGUACGAGCUUCAAGAUGAAGUAGCUGCUUUCUGGUGUUUCGUUGGUUUAAUGCAAAGAGCAGUGUUUGUAGCUACCCCUACCGAUAGAGAUAUGGAUAGAAAUUUAAGAUAUUUGAGAGAAUUAAUAAGGCUAAUGGUACCAAAGUUUUACAACCACCUGGAGAAACACAAAGAUGCGCUAGAGCUAUUAUUCUGUCAUCGGUGGAUACUUUUGUGCUUCAAAAGAGAAUUCACGGAAGGUGUAGCAUUAAGGAUGUGGGAGGCAUGCUGGGCGAAUUACUUAACGGAUUAUUUUCAUCUCUUUCUAUGUUUGGCAAUCAUAUCUGUAUACGCUGACGAUGUUAUAGCUCAAGAUCUACGUUCAGACGAAAUGUUGCUCCAUUUCAGCUCGCUAGCUAUGUACAUGGAUGGCCAGGUCAUCGCCAGAAAAGCACGAGGAUUACUACAUCAAUUUCGUCAGAUGCGCGAAAUACCCUGUACACUAGCUGGUCUUUGUACGAGAUGUGGUCCAGGCAUUUGGGACAGUUCACACAGUCCACGUAUAUUCUGUGUGGGCCAUGAGCAGGCUGGGAUGUGUAUAAAUUGAACAAUGGACUGAGUAUUAAUAUUUGUUUAAAGAAGAUGGACGUUUUGUAUUUGGACAAUACAAUGUUGAUGUUGGUUAUUUAUUAUUUUAGGGUGAGAUGUUUGAAGAUAGGUAACGAUUUUAGGGAUAAACUGGAUAAUUAUUUUUUCUAUUUUAUAGUAUGCAAUAUAAUAAUAGGUAUUAGCCCAGUAAAUGAACGGGAAAUUCGGCGAUACCGUGUAAUUUUCAGGGGCAACUCCGAAUUGCGUGAAAAUUUGGAUGUAGGUUCUACUUAUCCUCCACUUCAAAGUCGAAAUUGUGCCGUUGGUUGCUUUUACUUGGGGGGUGACAGUCACCCCUUCUCGGGGGUGAAAAAACAUACGUUCAAGAUAAGACCGGAAAUGAAUAAAUUGACUGAUUUUAAGCAACUUUUGUUCUAUAGAGUUUUUUACGCAAGUCAAUACUUUUCGAGUUAUUUGCCAUUGAAAAUGUAGUUUUUUCGACAAAAAAACUACAUUUUCGGACGGUUUUUCGCAAAUAACUCAAAAAGUAAAUAUUUAUCGAAAAAAAUAUCCUGAGGAAAAGUGUAGCUUAUAAAAAACCCAAAAAAAUGAUGUAUCACUAAAGUCUAUCAAUCAAAUAAAAACAAAGUUGUAGCUCAUGAAAAAUACGUUCUUAUUCGUGUAAUUCCAAAUCGAAUAUUUCAAGGUGAAAUCACCGAAAAAUUAGGCACUUUUCGGGUAAAAAACCCAUUUAAACUUUUUAAAGUGUUUAUAAAAAGCUUUGUUUUAAUUGUUAACAAAAGUUUUAGCAUUAAAAAUAAGCGAGUUACGCUCAAAAUAAAGUUGGCCCUCUUUUUUUGUAAAAAAUCAUGAAAAUCUCGCCGUGUUUAGCUCCCCAAAUGAAAUUAAUCGCUACCGCUUUACAAACAAUUUACUUACCUAUCUAUUUUUUAUAUGAUCUGUCAGUCUCACCGGUUUAAAGUGUUUAUUUUUGAAAGGGUUAUAAUUGGGAAAGCUUGAAUGGGUCACUAAUCACGAGUGUAUGCAAAUUUUGAACAGCCAUAUCUUAACCAAUUUUUUUCCUACGGAGAAACAAAAUAAACUAGCAUAUUGAUAAUAGCAAAACCUACAUUUUUUACUGUUUAAGAUUUUUCUUAUCACUAAUACUUUUUAAGUUAUUUUAAAAAAAUGAAAUUUUUCAAAAAUUUUUAGAAAAUUAUUUUUUACUAUAAAACCAAACGUUUUAAAAAAUAAGCACUUCAAACCAAUCAAACUUACAGAUCAUAUAAACAAUACACAUACAGUUAAAAUAGAUGGUAAAGCCAAACGAUUAAUUUCAUUUAGGGUGCUAAAUAGAGGGAGGCUUUCACGAUUUUUUUUUACCAAAAAAAGGGGCCAACUUUUUUAUCAGUGUAACUCGUUUAUUUUUGAUGCUGUAAACUUUUGUAGAAAACAAAUAAUAAGCUUUUUUUCGAUACUUUAAAAAUGUUAAUAAGGUUUUCCCGAAAAACGCUUCUUUCUUCGGUGAUUUCGCGUUGAAUUAUUCGAUUUGGAAUUAGACGAAUAGGAACGUAUUUUUCAUGAGCUACAACUUUGCUUCUACUCAAUUUGUAAACUUUACUUGUACACCAUUUUUUUCGUUUUUUUUUUAUAGGCUACACUUUUGCUAAAAAUAUUUUUUUCGAUAAAAUAUUUACUUUUUGAGUUAUUUGGGAAAAACGGUCUGAAAACUUAGUUUUUUUGUCGAAAAAUCAAUAUUUUAAAUCGCGAAUAACUCGAAAAGUAUUGACUUACGUAAAAAACUUAGAACAAAAGGUACUUAAAAUAAGUCAAUUUAUCCACUUCCGGCCUUAUUUUAAACACGCGUUUUUCACCCACCGAGAAGGGGUAAAUGUCACCCCCCAAGUAAAAGCAACCAAAGGCACAAAUUCAACUUUGAAGUGGAGGGUAAGUAGAACCUAAAUCAAAAUUUUCAUGCAAUUCGGAGUUGCCCCUGGAAAUUACACUCCAAAGCGGUCAUUUAUUGGCUAUAUAUGUUAGUGUUGAAUUUAAAAGAAUCACACACAAAUCAAGUAUUUGCAUAAAUAUGCGAAUAUUUAGAUAAGAACACUGAAACCAUAAUAUAUAACAAUAUAAAAUUCUAUAGAGUAUAUGCAGUACCUAUUUGUUUACCCUCAAUUGGGUAAAUCGUAGGUAUAUUAUGAUCCUAUUUUUUUGCUUUAAUCGCUUGAGCUCACUAUGCGAACCCUUCAAAAGGUUUUUUUUAUUUAAAAAUUCGUGAAAACAAUUAGAAAAAUUCAAUUUUUUACGUUGCUAUAUUUCGGCAUGCUAUGUAUUUUAGAAAAAUUUUGUAAAGACGAAAAAGUUUUGCAAUUAAAUUUCCUACAGAAUUUAUUACAAAUUGAAAAAGUAAUUCUUAUUGCAAAAUUAACAAAAACCAUUAAAUAACGUGUAACGUCUGUCGUUGUAUUUGAUGCUCCGGGUAACAAAAUUCAGUCGAAGAAAAAAGGUUCGCUUUAAGACAUUUUUAUUUAGAAUCAGAACAUACAAAAGAUAAAAUAAUUAGCCUUAAUUACUCGCUAAUCUCGUUAAUAAAUUAUAUUUAUAAUCUACGCAUCGAGGUUUCGGUUCGGGUCGAUGUGACGAUAUUUUGUACAUGAAUUAAUAAUAUUGACGAUCGCGUGGAUUAGGAAUUACCUUUAUUAAUAUGGAAUGGACGUAAAAGGAUAGGAUAUCUCGCUCAGCUCGCCAGGGGAAAAGACAUGUUGGGAAAUACGAUCACCGCUCAAAGGCGGAUCCAGCAACCUUGCAAGGAGGGGGCAAUGAAAUAAAAAUUUUCUCGUCACUCGCGUACGCAGGAUUCUUUUUCGGUAUGGGCUGUUACUUUAUUUUUCUUCAUGUACCAUGUUCUUUCAGAACGUUGGUUACUAUCAUAGCUAUCUUAAUUUUAUUCACUGCCACCCUAAAUCAACCACGAAGUGCUUUUUCGUCUUGGACUGCGUUUGCCUUCUAUUUUCACUUGCAGAAUAUUUUGUAGCAAUCUAUAUUUGAAACUUCUCAUUACAUGUCCAAAAUACUCCAUUUUUCUCUUCUUGAUGCCUUCUAUAAUCUCAGUAGUCUUGCUGAGACGUUCUAGUAUUGUGGAGUUUCGAAUCUUCUUCGCAAAAGAUACUUUUAAAAUUCUUCUAUAGAACCACAUUUUGAAAGCCUCAAGGCGAUUCAGGUAAGUAGAUCGAUUUUAUUUAUGUUUUAUUCCGAUAUUCACUUAUCGAUGGGACACAAAACCCACUAUUUAUUUUUAAUCGUAAUUAUCUCUUUCUUAAAAAAAAGGCGACACAAGGCGAAGUCUCAAGGAGGGGGCAAUUGACCCCAUUGACCCCCCUUGGAUCCGCGCCUGUCACCGCUAGUAUAAGGAUAGGUAAAAGGAAAAACCGUCUGAUUCGUUCAGCGCACCAAAACGACGGUGGAAAAUGGUCGGGAUAACUCACCUCUUAUACCUCGUUGUUGUUUAUUAUUCUUCAAUCAACGCUCCAAGAAUAAUAAAUUAACUAGGCUUUUCGUUCCGACUUUUAUUCCGAGACGGUACAAAAACAUGUUUUACCUAAUUCAUUGGCGUACUCUAGAGACGAUAAAAUUAUAUUAUCGUCACAAACGGGUCAAAAAUCAAUGUUUUUUCAAUAAUAUUUCCAGAUAUGUAUUUAAAAUCAACAUUGAACUUUAAAAAUUUAUCCAGAUAACGUGUUUAAUAUAAAAAAACUACAUGUAGGUACAUAAAAUUUCAGCACAAUCGAUCAAGUAGUUUGAGCAAAAUAAUUUUGCAAUCUAAAUUAUUGAAGCAAGGUUAUUAAUUUAUUUAUUUAAUUUUAUAAUAAGUAUUAUAUAAUAAUUAAUUUUCAAUAUUAUACAGAGUCAACAAAAAAGUUUUUUUAAGUAUUUUUUAUAUCUACUAAAUAGAUUUUCUGGGUAAAUUUUCUAGGUUCUAUGUGGCUUUUAAAUUCCUGAAAAAGGUUAUUUAAAAUAAUAAUAAUUAUUAUUUUUUCAAUUUGCAACCAAUUCUAUCUUGCAGGAAAUUUACUUUCAAAACUUUCUUGUCUUUCCAGAAUUUUUCUAAAAUGCAUACCUGUCAUGAAAUAGGUACUGCAGUACCUAUAUAGAAACUAAAAGGAGAAAAAAUUGAAAUUUUUCAAUUUUUUUUUAAAUUGUUUAAUAAAAAAUUUAGUCCACUUUUAGAAGGGUCCGCAUAGUGAUAUCAUCAUUUCCAAUGAUAUUUCCAAGGGUAUAAAGCAAAAAAUAGGAUCACAUACGAUUUACCCAACCUAAAACAGAUAUUAUACCGCCUGGUCUAAUAAAAAAGCUCUAAAAAUGAAACAAUAAAACCUUUUUUUUUUCAUAUACCUCACGAAGAGCAUGACAAAAAUGCGUUGUAUACAUAUAGGAAAUUCUGUUAAUGAUAUAGUUGUCGAAAAAAGACAAUAUAAUUUUUGGAGCAAAACUUACACCCAGUAGUUAAACAUGUAUGUCUGAGCGAGUAACAAGACAACUGGAAUGGAAUGCGUAAAAAACUUAAUUCAGCACAUUAUUCCUAAAUUGUAUAGGCCAACACUAAUCACAAUGAAAAAAAUCGUAAGAGUACUCAGACUAGCAUAUAGCCUUUGACUCAGAGUUGCCUGAUGGCUCAGAGCAACCUGUGUGUCUUCUGUGUUCUUUGUUGAACAAAGACAAUCCAAUUUCGGGAAAGUUUGUACCUAGUAGUUAAACUAAGCCAGCAACAGACCACUGAAAUGGAAUGCGUAGAAAACUUGCAAUUCAGCACAUAAUUCCAUACCUAUGCCAACACUAAUCAAAAGGGACAAAAAUCGUAAGAGUACUCAUACUAGCACAUUUCCUUUGACUCAUAGUUACCUGAUGGCUUAGAGCAACCCGUGUGAGUGUUCUGUCUAUAAACCUCGUGCCAUCCUUCAAUCUGAUCCAAUGUCAUAUUUUCACAAAUAUCCGCUGGCUGCAUAGACUUUGUCAAGUGAUUUUUUGAUUUUAAUCGUUUCUAUUCGGCAUUUUAGUCCUACCAUAAUAAAAAGAUUAAGAGAAAAGAUUAUUAGCCAGUUAUUUAUUGUAGAUAGCACAAAUGUACGCAUACUUGAACAUAACAUAUUUGUUUCUAAUUAAAUAUUUUCAUGACUAAAAGUUUAAUAGUUUAUUGUACUUAAGUAUAGAACUUCUUAAUAUGUCGUAAGGAUUUCUUAAAAUAAUCUUCACCUGUUAUAACGAUCUGUUACAAUAUUUAUAACCAUAAUAGCUCAUACAGUUUUUAAGAGUUUUUAUAGAUAAUACGAGUAUAAAAAAUUCUGAAUUAUUCUUCAAACACCUCAUACAAUAAGUAUUAAAGUACAAAUUUCAUGUUUGUAAAAAUUAGUCAGAGAAGGAAAUGCUUUUGCUAGCAACAGGUGCCUUUUAGUCAGGUAGACGUUAGGUUUUGAUAAUCAAAUGUUUUGCUGUGUUUAAAAUUUAUUUUAUGAUAUAAAUGUUUUAUUUUAAAAUGAGUAUCUCUUUAAUUCCGAAUGAUAUAAAUGGACAAUUUAAUACCUAUACUAAGAAUAUAACUAGUGUCUAUUUCUUCCCUUUAAAAAUAGGUUUAAUUAUAUAAAAGAUGUUCAGAGAGAGAGAGAGAGAGAGAGAGAGAGAGAGAGAGAGAGAGAGAGAGAGAGAGAGAGAGAGAGAGAGAGAGAUGCUGUAUAAUCAAUAAUAACUGGCACACAUAGAAUCUCAUUAAUCCGACACUUCAAUAAACUGGAACGUUCAAUAGUGCUGCACCCAACACUGAAGCUACAGUGCAACUAUUUAUCCAUCAUUUUAAAGACAAACUAGAAGAACUGGUCUUCUCUGUCCUUUUUAUGGUGUUGAAUCGUGGAACUUGAAGGAAGAUAUAUGCAGAAAAUUGGAAGCAUUUGAGAUAUGGCUAUAUCGGAAACUAUAUCGAAAUCCCAUGGACUGACCUAGUCACAAAUUAGGAGGCCGUCCUGAAGGAGAACAUCCUGGUUGAAGAACCUAAGAACCUGGUCCAGUACAACAUUUGAGCAGCUUUUCCGAGCUGCUGCAGAUAAAAUAAAGAUUGUCAUGAUGAUCGCCAAUAUUCGUCACGGAUAGGAACAUCGAGAAGAAAAAAAUCCAACCAUUCCAAUAAUCUGACACAUUCUGGUUUUUAAUAGUGCCUAUUUAGUGAGAAUUUACUGAAUAUGGUUUCAUGCCUUAGCAUUUUUGUUUUGGCAUAAAUAUUCCAAAAUUGAUCUAUCCUAUUCGCCCCGUGUAUGACUGACGCGACACCUAUGGUAGUCGCCUGGCAUUUUUGGCGACCACAAAUUGACGUUAAGCAAAUAAUACACGAUGCAGACGAUAUAGAUUUAAUAGGAAUCACCCGAUUAAGGAUGAAGGAGACUUUCGUAAGAUUCGAGAAGGAAGCAGAGAAGAUGAGGCUUCUAAUUUAACGAAAAUAAGACGAAAUUUAUUAUGUACCUAUACGAGCCGCAAUAACCAAAGUAGAGACAGAGUCGGUCAGAACAUCAAGAUCGAUGACUUUAACUUUGAUCGCCUUAGAGAAUUUAACUAUCUUGGAACAACAAUAACUGAAGACAAUAACGGAUCACAAGAAAUAAACAAUAGGAUAUAGACCAGCAACAGAUGUCUUUAUGGCCUUCAAAUCAAAACCUUAUAAAAUCGAAACAACUAACAAGACGUACGAAGAUACAAGUGUAUAAAACAAUCAUACGACCCGUUCUGAUGUCUAGAAGAGAAACGUGGACGAUAACAAAGGCAAACGAAGAGAGACUACGUGUUUGGGAAAGAAAAAUCCUAAGGAAGAUCUAUGGGUGCUGGAUGAAGCAUCAGGACAAUAUAGGUUAAGAACUAACAACGAGCUCGAAGAACUUUAUCCAGACGCCAACAUCAUAAAAGAAAUAAAGUCCAGAAGACUUCAAUGGGCAGGACACCUCAGGAGACAUCCUGGCCAAAGAACAGUAAGGCUGGUAUGGGAGGAAGUCCCAACUGGAAGAAGACCACCAGGACGUCCUCGACUCUGGUGGCGAGAUAAUAUGUAGCAGGAGACCUGAAAGCUAUGGGCGUGGAGAAUUGGAUAGAGGUUGCUCAAGAUAGAGAACAGUGAAGGCAUAUUGUCGAGUUGGCUAAAACCCACGAAGGGUUGUAACGCCACGGAGUAAGUAAGUAAGCAUAUGAUACACAUAUGACAUACUUGAGGUUAAUAUGUAAUAUUUAUUUACCAUUUUUGAUAAAAUAAUAUACAAAUGACACUGACAUUACAAAAAUUCGCCAAAAUUGUCAUAUUUCGCCGCUACGGACGCUGGCAUAAUUUCGUGUAUCCCCACCAUGGUCGCGCACGGAGCGAAUAGGUACUAAGAUACAAAUUAGUAUCACAUAAUUUUAUGUUUGAUCUGUCCUUUUUGUCAUACGUAUAUAUAAUAAUAAGUUUUAAACAUUGCAAGUGAAAAACACAACUUAUUCUUAUAAAACGGAUAGGGGCACCUUGUUUUGAUAUUAUUUGAAGACCAGGGCUUGAAGGUAAUGGUUUGUUGAUAGUAAGUUUGCUCUUGUGUUAAGUUUUAAUCGCAUAAAAUUGUGUAAAUACUUAUAUACAAUGACCUAAAAUCCUAUUGUAAUAAAUUGUUAAUCUAUUUUAUUAACGCUCAUAGUGUUGUUGUAAUAUUUCAUUAGUUAGAGUAAUAUAAUGUAGAAAAACCAAUGCCUAGACGAAUAUCGAGAAAGAAAGAAGAUUCUGAGAGUUAUCGAUAAUUAUCAAAAAUAUAUAUUUUAAAUACAAACAUUCUUUCCUGUUGUUUCCUAUUUAUCUUUAAUUUUACAACAUGCUUUGACGCGCUGGGAUGUUGUCAUUUAGAAGAAGUAAGGAUUUACAAUUAUUGAAGGUUAAUUGGGAGUGUAGGUAUUGAAUAUAUGUACUAAUAAAGAAUGGUUUGCCUCAGAGGAACAAAUUUAUGGCCAAAGAAACACAAAAUCUCAAGUGAGGAUUCGGGCUAGCUUUUCUUCAUUAAGGAUUAGCUUCGGGAUAAAAAGACAAUCCUUAGUGUAGAAAAGCAAGCUAUUUCUAGGCCUGGAUCCCGCGUACCAAAAAGAAGUUUAUUAUGUAAUGGCAAGCUGAAAAUAUGUUAAUAGCUUAACAAUGUCUAGUCGGACAAACUUUGAUGUAUGGGAACAGCGAAUCAGAGGAAGUUUUAAUUGUGGAUCCUGACAAGUUUAUGAUUGUGAAAACCAGCAGGUUGUUUUUAAGUUUAUUCAAUAGAAACUUUAUAUAAUAUAUGAAAAAAUGUUUGUGCAACAAAUAUGUUGAGCAUUUUAAUAGGUCCGACACGUAGAACAUGCCAAACGACAGGAAUUAUAUUGGUAGUAAAUAGCAGUCUGAUUUAUGCAUGAGAGUUUAAUGAAAGGGUAACAAAUCAAUUGGAAGUCCUAUCCGACAAAAUACCCGUUCCACAAUUAAAUCUUCCCCUGUUCCAGUGUUUCCGUACAUCAAAGUUUGUCCGGCUAGACACCGUUAAGCUAUUAAAAAAAUUUCCAGCUUGCUACUAAUAAACUUUUUUUUGGUACGCGGGAUCCAGGCCUAUUCCUCUGAGCUAAGUAUAUUCAACAACUUCGAUCCCAAUUCUCCUUCAAUUGUAAAUUCUUUCCCCUUUUAAAUUACAAUAUCCAAGAGCAGGGGUCGGCAACGUGAUGCCCGCGGGCACCAAGGUGCCCGCGAAGCAAUUUUAAGUGACCGCCAUUCCUUUCACCAUCUUAAUUUAAAAAUUUAACCAGACAACUAUUUACAAAACUAAUUAAAAACGGAACUUUAAUAAUUUAAAGCUUAUUCAAAACUAAAGUUUUAAAACUGAAUUUCAGCGACAUCAAUAUAAAACUAAUAGAACAACUGGCUACGACCCUGCUCACAUCUUACUAACCUAACGAACAUGAUACAAACGUUCCGAGCGGCGCCGGCAUAUCUAUAUGCACCGUUAUAUUUUCCUCGCCCCCGCGCGUCUACUAUAACUCCGUCUACCUGCCUGCUGCCAUUUCAUGCGCCACGUGCUAACUAAGGGCUCUAUUAGUCUAGGUAACUGGUGGCGCAACUAGUGGCGCAACUAGUGGGCCCACCAAAUUGUGAGCACGGGCAACUGGUGGCCGAGAAUAGCCACCAGCAAAAAUAAUAAACUGAAUUGGAAUUGGAAAAAUAAUCAAAUGCAAUUGGAAACUUGUUUGUUAUAAAUUUUACGAAAAAAAGUUAUUCUUCAUAAAAUUCUUAAUAGUAUAAAAUAUAAGAUGCAACCAUCAGAUUCAAAUUUUGUGAAUUUUAUACGAGGUAUGCCAAAAAAGAUUAAUUUCGCUCAAGAGUAAAGUAUCCUUAUAUUAAACAAUAUCGAAAAAUGUUUUAUAAAAUGUUGUUCGGAAUUAAAAGCUAUGUUUGAAUAUGCAAUUACAUUCUUCUAAUUGAAAUAUUGUGAACUGUAAAGGUAGUUUACUCUUGGAAGAAAUUCAUAUUUUUUAACAUACCUCGUAUAGAAUUGAUAAAAGUUUAUAUAUUAUGAUUGCAUCUUAGAUUUUAGACCAUAUAAAGCUUUUUGUAAAAAAUACCUUUUCGUAAAAUUAAUAAUAAAAUACUUAUAGAUAUUUGUAAUAAAAUGAUGUUGGGUAUUCGUAAUUUAAAAAAAUUGCAUUUUUUUUCAAUUAGAAUGAUGUAAUAAAAUUAAUGCGUCCCAAAACAUAGUUUUUUUAAUUCUUAACAACUUUUCAUAAUAAUAAUUUUCGAUGUUGUGACAUCUAAAGGUACUUUACAUACAAUUUUUUUGACAUACCUCGUAUAACAUAGACUAUGCAGAGCAUUUUAUAAAGAAUAUUUUUUUUUUCGUAAAAUUGAUAAGAAAAAAUUUCCCAUAUGGUUCCAAGUUACGCAGACAUACUGUACCUAUAUAUAAAAGCUCAAUUUUUUUUAAAUUUUCCAAUUAACGUCACAUUCGGACUCAGCAUAAUCAAAAACAAAAUAGAAACAUUUUUGAUCAAGGUAAAGUGAUGAAUUCACCGAUAUUUCUAAAAUAUAAAAAGAGCCUUUAUUGUUUAAACAAUGAAUAAACAAUUAACGGCUAAAUCUGCGAGAAGAAUUUUUUAAUAUAACAUAUUUAUAAAUCAACAAAAAAGGUUUUAGAAAAAUAUACGCUUGUUAAUAGAAAAUAUAGAAGUUAAUAGAAAAGAAAUACGAAGCACUCGAUUACAAUAUAAAUGAACUAGUGGUGGCCGACACCAGUUGCUCAGUCUAAUAGGGUCCAUAUAACAUAAUGCCCCGGAUUGGUGGCGCCACCAGACCCGGUUACCCGGCUGGUGGACUGGUUCGGCCACCAGAUCGACAACAAUUUCUGGUGGCGCAACCAGUUGCCGUAGUCUAAUAGGUCUCAUUUACUUAAAUUCCCCGUGACGUCAUGAGUCACUGGUGGAGCAACUUGGUGGCGUCACCAGUUGCCUAAUAUAAUAGCGGCCUAACCUGUGUGAAUUUAUUCUUAUCGUGAAUUUAUAUUAAUUUGGAGUUGUAAGUAUAUAUCUGUGAUUGUUUAAUUCUUUAUAUUUAUUAUUUUGCUGUUAUUUUAGCCGCCAUGGAAAAUAAAAGAAAGAAGAUAAAGACACAUAAUUUUAAUGUCGAGUGGGAAGAACAUUUUUGCUUCAUUUAGUAUAAAGAAAAAAGUGUGUGCUUAUUGUGCAAUUCAAGCGUAGCGGUUCCAAAAAAGUGUAAUGUGGAGAGACAUUGCAUUACCACUCACAAAAAUGUUAACACAACUUUUUCAAUAAACUCGGAAAUUAGAAAGAAAAAGAUAUCGGAACUUAAACUCAAGUUGACUAAGCAGCAAAACUUAUUUGCCAGACCAAUUUCCCAAUCAACAAAAGCAACUACUGCCUCUUUCAAGAUUGCGCACCUUUUGGCCAAGAAAAUGAAACCGUUUGUAGAAGGUGAGAUUAUUAAGGAAGCCAUGUUAUUAAGGGCCGAAACACUUUUUGACGACCAUAAAAGUAAAAAUGAAAUUAUAGUAAUAGCAAUAAAUGGCAUCCAGCUAUCAGCCAGAACAGUAACUCGAAGAAUUGAAAUAAUGGCUACAGACAUUGAGUCACAAUUGAACACUGAUAUUCAAAAAAGUGUAUUCUUUUCACUGCAAGUUGAUGAGUCAACAGACGUGUCCGACACUUCUCAAUUAUGUAUUAUUAUAAAGAUGGUUUUCGAAGAUUUUAUUGUUAAAGAAGAAUUUCUAAAAAUGUUACCGUUAAAAGGGCGGACAAGGGGUGAAGAUAUCUAUAUGGCAUUUAAAAAAAUUUUAGCGGAAACUAACAUACCUUUGAAAAAAUUGUCCUCAAUUACAACAAACGGCGCACCUGCAAUGAAAGGAAGAAACAGCGGUUUCAUCGCUCUGUGUAAGAGAGACCCAAUGUUUCCCAAAUUUGCCUCUUAUCAUUGUAUCAUUCAUCAGGAAGUAUUAUGUUCAAAGGUGAUUCCUUUCCAAGAUAUAAUACAAACUGUAACCAAAAUUAUAAAUUCAAUAAGAGCAGGAGCUAUGCAACAUAGAUUAUUUAAAUUAUUGCUUCAAGAAAAUGGCGCAGAAUUUGACGAUCUGAUUUACACAUACAGAAGUACGGUGGCUGAGUAAAGGAAAAGUACUUUAGCGGUUUUUAAAUUUAUUACCUCAAGUAAGAGAAUUUUUAUUAUCCAGAAAUGAAGUUUGUCCGGAGUUAGAACAAACACAUUGGUUAAUUCGGCUUGGUUUUUUAACUGAUUUAACUGUAAAAUUAAAAGAAUUAAACUUACAACUACAAGGCAGAAAUCAUCAUAUUGCUUCCAUGGUAAGUGCGAUAAAUGCAUUUAAAGCUAAAUUGGCGCUCUGGAAGUUGCAUAUGGAGAACAAUAAUUUAUCACAUUUCCCAAAUUUGAGAAUGGAAAUAGAAAGUCAUUGCGAUGAAAAUGUUACCACCCAUCAGUUUACCAAACAUUUUGAUUCCUUGUUGACAGAUUUUAACAAAAGGUUCGAAGAAUUUUCUGAACUAGAGACAUUUUUGAUGUUUUUCAUUAAUCCUUACUCUCAUAGAAAUGAAGAUCUGAGUGAAAAGAUUUCAACAUAUUUCAGUAUUUCUAAUAAGGAGGACUUGGAAUUGGAAAUUAUAAAUAUCACCAACGACAUCCAAUUGAUAUCAUGCUAUAACGAAGAUAAUUUUUGGAAUUUAGUGGAUAUAAAUAUUUAUCCUUUGUUGAGAAAAUGUGCCCUAAAGUUAAAUUCCCUCUGUGCCUCGACAUACGCCUGUGAAUCUUUAUUUUAAAAUAUGAAAUACUUAAAAUUAAGUUACCGAUCAACCCUUACUGAUGCUCAUUUAGACCAAUGCCUUCGAACUGGAAAUUCUACUUAUAUUCCACAUUACAACGAGCUGGCCUCAAAUUUACAGUGCCACAUAUCUCACUAGUUGACUACUUAUGCUUAUAUUAUAUAUUAGAAUUUGAUGUGAAAUAAAAAUUUGCCUAUAUAAUACCUUUUUUUUUAUUUUAUACUAUUUUCAUGUUUUCUCGGCGGGGGGAGGGGGGCGCUACUUUUCAUCAGGUGGUGCCCGCCGAAUUUCACAAUUUUUAAAAUGUGCCCUCCUAGUAAAAAAGGUUGCCGACCCCUGUCCAAGAGUAUUGUGUGUCAAAUUGGAGCCCCACGUUGGGCGCCAAUCAUUCAAUUCAAUCAUGUUCAAUUCAAUAUAUUUCAUUUAAUAAUCAGUGCUACAGAAUUAUCUACUAUUAAUUAAACGUUGACAAGCUAGAUCAAAAACGAAUGAAUAAUGUUGAUAACUUUCAGAGUCUUAAACAGAAUGAGUUUAAGCCACAUACCAAAACGAAAGUACGUAGAACAUACGCUUAUUGUUGUUUCCUAUUUUAUGUUAAGUACCUUUAAAUUGUUAUUACAUUACAUAUCACAUUGGUCUCUUUCCACCUUCAAAGAAGAAAAUUGUCAUUAAUUAAACAUAUCAUGUUUUUAAAAUCAAACCAAAAUAUUGUUUAAAUAAUAUUUAUAAAUAAUACACUGGCGUAUCUAAACCAGGUAACAUGUUAGUAGAAUAUUUUUAUUUUAAAUUAGUUUAGCAAAUCAAUACUGUUUGUUACAAUAAAUGCAGAAACAUGUUGUCAAAAUGUUUUUCAAUAUCACCUCAAACUGGAAAACUUUGAACACCAAAAUAUAAUUCAUUUUCAUUAUCUACGUUUAAUCUAUUUAGGGUUAUUUUUCGUUCCAUAUUGUUAACAAAAAUUCCGAUCUUCGACUGAACACUACAGCAAAUAUUUCCUUCUCGUGUCUUAUCAUCUAGCUUUCAGUUGCUUUCUUUUCUGGUUUGUUAUUUUUGCUAUUUUGUACCAUGCGUCAUCUGAUAUCUAUUGCUUCCUUUUCUUCUUUCGUAUCACCCGAAGUGCCUUUAGCAGCGUUAUACAGUAUGGAUUUCACUUGCUAUUACGAGAUUGUUUGAUCUUGUGAAUUGUUCAUGCAAUUUUGAUAGCAAAGCUUUUCUUCUUCAAGUACGUUCGCUAUCAUCACGAUGAACGUCAUCAGCACAAUCUGUAGUUUGUCAAGUUUUUCUAAAGAGAGUCUUGUGCUGACUCUAUACCUUCUUCUUGAUGUGCCUAUCCGUGACGAAUGUUGGCGAUCAUCAUGGCAAUCUUCACUUUAUCUGCAGCAACGCGGAAAAGCUGCACAUAUGUUGUGUUGAACCAGGUUCUGAUGUUCUUUAACUAGGAUGUUCUUCUUCUUCCUGGACCUCGCUUUCCAAAUAUUUUUCCUUGCAGGAUGGCUUGUAGCAGGGCAUAUCUGGAUUUAUUUCGCAUAAUGUGUCCAAAGUAUUCCAACUUUCGAGAUUUGAUGGUGGUCAGUACCUCUCGGUUCUUCCCCAUUCUUCUAAGGACCUCCUCAUUUGUGACCCGAUCAGUCCAUGGGAUUUUAAGAAUUCUCCGAUAUAGCCACAUCUCAAAUGCUUCCAACUUUCGGCACAUAUCCUCGUUCAAGGUCCAUUAUUCAACACCAUAAAAAAGGACAGAGAAGACGUAACAUCUCAACAUUCUUACUUUUAUACCAAGAAAAAGGUUGUAGCUCUUGAAAAACGCGCCCAUACGUUUGGAGAUUGAUCUAGCUUUUUCGAUGCGCGCUUUUAUCUCUUGGUUGUUGGUCCAUUCUUCAUUUAUUAUGGUGCUGAGGUAGUUGUAGUGUCUCACCUUUCUACAAGGAUUUGGUUGAUAUAGAGUUGACCUUCUGUUAUCUUUUCUUGCUAACGAUCAUAAGCUUUGUUUUCUUUACGUUUAUAUUGAGUCCAUAUUGUUGACUAUAAUACGUGAUUUUGUUCAUGAGGACUUGUAGGUCUUCUAGGUUGUCCGCAAAUACUAUGGUGUCAUCUGCAUACCUGAUGUUAUUUAGCCGGUAUCCGUUUAGUAGAAUACCUUUUUCAGUUUCGUGCAAAGCUUCGAAAAAUAUUCUUUCAGAGUAAAUAUUGAAAAUUAGUGGGGACAAAAUGCAGCCCUGUCUCACUCCACGAAUGAUUUUCACAUAUUCGGUGUGUUCACCGUCAACUCUGAGGUUUGCAGUCUGAUUCCAGUAAAGGUUUCUAAUUAUUUUCAGAUCUUGGUUGUUAAUUCCUGCUUCUCUUAGUAUAUGCAUCCUCUUGGCGUGUUGUACUCGAUAAAACGCCUUCUCGUAAUCAACCAGACAUGCGUAUACAGUGGAACCCCGAAAAUCCGAACUAAUUGGGGGGACAGCCUGUUCGGUUUCCGAAAAGUUCCGAUUAUCCGAAAGUUAACCGAACUAGUAAUUCAAAGCUUUCAUUGUCGUUGAUUUUGAGUCACAAAACGUUCCCGCACGAGUGUGGACAAUAAUUUUGGACUCAAGUUGACUACGAGAGAACCAAAGUAAGUAUAUGUUUAACCUGUAUAAGCACUACAUAUUAAAGUACGUAUUUAUUUUUAAGAAAUUUUAAAUGUCAAAGUCCUAUUAAUCCUACAUUGUUAAAUUUUCUGGUUUUACUCUGUAUAAUAAACAUGUUUUUAAGUUUU